UCAGAACAUGUGAAUGUAUUCGGAUAUCCAUGUGUCACCGACUUCAGUGAAAUAACAGAUUUAAAAAAUCACCGAAAAGUUAAAGCUAACCGUCAGCAGCCAUGGGCAAAAAAGGCAAGAAUGAAAAGAAGGUGAAGGGAGCGGAAAAGACUGCUGCCAAGAUGGAGAAGAAAGUUUCAAAGAGGUCCAAACGAGAAGAGGAGGAUUUGGAAUCUCUAAUUGCUGAAUUUCAGAGUCUGGAUGCAAAGAAGACCACGGUGGUAGAAACAACAUGUCCACCUCCGUCACCAAGAUUAAGCGCGUCUCUCUCCGCCCAUCCUGAGAAAGAUGAACUCAUCCUGUUUGGAGGAGAAUUCUUCAAUGGAAAGAAGACGUACCUGUACAACGAUCUGUUUUUCUACAACAUCAAGAAGAACAGCUGGGUUAAGUCAGAGAUCCCCAACCCUCCUCCACCACGCUGCGCUCACCAGGCGGUGGCAGUUCCCCAGGGUGGAGGCCAGCUCUGGGUGUUUGGGGGAGAGUUUGCCUCACCAAACGGGGAACAGUUCUACCACUACAAGGACCUCUGGGUGCUUCACCUGGCUACAAACACCUGGGAGAACAUCAAAGCUACUGGUGGUCCAUCGGGGCGCAGCGGCCACCGGAUGGUCCUCAGCAAGAGACAGCUGCUGGUGUUUGGAGGUUUCCACGAGAGCACCAGGGAUUUUAUCUACUAUAACGACGUCUACUCUUUCUCCUUGGACACUUUCUCCUGGUCGCGCCUCUCUCCGUCAGGCACCGGCCCCUUGCCGCGCUCCGCUUGUCAGAUGACCUCCGUGCCCGACGGCUCGGGUGUCAUCAUCUAUGGGGGAUACUCUAAAGUGAGAGUCAAAAAGGAUGUGGAGAAGGGGACCAUCCACUCUGACAUGUUCCUUUUGAAGCGAGAUGGUAAAGAGGGCCAAGAGAAGUGGUCGUGGUCCAGGGUGAGCCCCUCUGGCAGCAAGCCUCCUCCUCGCUCUGGUUUCUCCAUGGCGGUGGGUGCAGCCGGGCGGGCGGUGCUGUUCGGCGGGGUUUGUGACGAGGAAGAGGAGGAGACGCUGGAGGGAGACUUUUACAACGACCUCUACCUGUACGACACCGUGAAGAGCCGCUGGUUCCCCGGCCAGCUCAGGGGCAACAAGACCGAGAAGAAGAAACGACGGAGGGGGAAGAAGGGUGAAGCGGAGGGGGAGGGAGCGGAGGAACAGGAGGCGGGGGAGGAGGCGCCUCAAGGUCCCACGGAGGUCGUCAAGGAGAUCGUCACAGAGGACGGCACGGUGAUGACCAUCAAGGAAGUGAUCCCUGGAGCUGGGCAGGAGGAAGAGGAGGAGGAGGAUGAAGAGGAGGACGAUGAUUCGGCCUCGGCUCCCCUGGUGGAGCCCUGCCCGAGGUCCAGCGCCAUGUCAGCGGUGCGUCAGGGCAAGCUCUUCCUGUACGGGGGGAUGUUCGAGGUGGGCAACCGCCAGUUCACCCUGAGCGAUUUCUACUGCCUGGACCUGCACAAGAUGGACCAGUGGGAGGUUUUAGUGGAAAUAGAUCCAAAGAUGCAGGAGAUGCAGGAGUGGCUGGAAGAGUCUGACUCAGAGGAUGAGGAGGAGGAAGAGGGGGAGGAAGCGAAAGGAGCAGAAGGGGAGGAAGACGAAGAGGAUUCUGAAGAGGAAAGCGAGGACGGGGAAGAUGAAGAUGAGCACCCGGCGGUACAGGAGGGGGAGACGGUGACGGAUUACCAGGCUCGUACAGAGCAGUACUGGACAGGACUGGCACGCAACAACAUGGGCCCAGAUGUUAAGGACAAAAAGGUCGCCAAGGUCGCCCUCGCCAUGGCUAAAGUCUUCUAUGAAGACCAGUAGCGGGACACGCCAAAUGUUGAGUGACUCUGUGUGUGUGUGUGUGUGUGUGUGUGUGUGUGUGUGGGUAUGUAUAAAAUAUUUUUUACCUUAUAUACAACAUCUGUAAAUGUCAUUUUGACAGUGCUGCAAAUAUUUCAGUAAUGUCAAAGUUCAUUUAAAUUUAAAACAAAAACACUUGGAUCAAAUGAAUUCGAAUUUAUUUUUAAUUAGUGAGAAUAUCAUCCAGUUUACUCACUGAGUCCACUAAAUAAUAUUAAUAUUUAACUCAACUGGUUUUUGUGUCUGUUACGACUGACUUAUGUACAUUGUACAUACAAAUCAUGUUUCUUUGUUUACACACAUUAA